CACGAUGGAAAAAAUUCCACCUGAAAUUUUUUUGGAAAUUUGUAUUCAUUUAUAUGUUAAAGAUCUCUACACAUUAACUCUCGUUUGUAAAUUGUAUCGUAAAAUUUUAUGGACAAAAGCUGUUUCUAUACAAAAAGUUUGGACAUGUUCAAGAGUUCUUUCAUUUGAUCCAAUUUUACCUUAUCCUUCAUUACCACCAUCAAAAUUUAUGAGUGAACAAGAAUAUAUUUGGUUUACUUUGUUAGCUGAUAAAUGUAGUAUUUGUAAAAUUAAAAUUGAAAAAAAAGAUUUGUUUGGUUGUAGAUAUUGGGAAUUUAGUAGAUUUUGUUGUAAAGAAUGUAUCGAAAGAAAAACUGUCAGUAUUUCAUACAUUAAAAUGACUAUGCCAAAUUUACCAAAAGAAUUAUUAGAAUGUUUACCAUAUCAUAAAAGAGAUGAAAAACUUUAUUGGUCGGAUGAUUUACAUUCAAUUAAAGCCAAAUAUUAUAGUUUUGAAAAUAAACAUGAAAGAGACAAUUGGGUUAAAGAGAAAAAAGAAGAGGUUAAUGAAUUUAUGGAUGAAAUAUAUAAAUAUAAAUGGCAAGACCAAUAUGUAUAUUUCUUUCCUUAUGCUUUUAAUGUAAAUUAAAGAGCUGGUAAAAGGAAAGGUAAGGAAAAGGAAUUUUUUGAAUAGAGA